AUGGAUCGAGGCUUCGAUGAAUCCCAUCCUCUGCGCUCCUACGAGCCUCUGGACGAGGAUGCCCAAUAUGUCCACCGUCAAGAAUACCGCCCCCAGGAAUACCAACCCCAAGAAUACGCUCACCCGGAAGACCCUUCCAUGUUUCACAGCAGCAAUGAACCUCCCUACCAUCUCGCCCCGUCGCCGUCUUCGUUUCCCGAUCCCCUUCGCCCGCCCUCAACCUCGUCCUGGCAGUCCGGAUUUAACCCUCAAAACCCCCAGGAAAUGGCCUACCUGAAUCCCGCGCCCACGCCCGGCUCCGAGAGGAGCAGCGUUACUUCCUGGCAGCGUCGCCAGACGGGUGGUCUGCGCCGUUAUCCAACCCGAAGAGUUAAAUUGGUCAAGGGCACUGUCUUGAGCGUUGACCAUCCGGUUCCAAGUGCCGUCCUCAACUCGGUCGAGCCGCAGUACCGAGAGACCGGGGCCUCAAGUCCCGAGGAAUUCACCCAUUUGCGAUAUACUGCGGCAACCUGCGAUCCCGACGACUUCACCCUGCGGAAUGGCUACAACCUCCGUGCCUCCAUGUACAACCGGUACACCGAACUUCUCAUCGCGAUUACAUACUACAACGAAGACCGGAUCCUCACUGCCCGCACCCUCCACGGUGUCAUGCAGAAUGUCCGCGACAUUGUCAACCUGAAAAGAACCCAGUUCUGGAACAAGGGAGGCCCGGCGUGGCAGAAGAUCGUCGUCUGCCUGGUCUUUGACGGAAUCAGCCCCUGCGACAAAGAGACCCUCGACUUGCUGGCAACUAUAGGGAUCUACCAGGAUGGAAUCAUGAAACACGACAUCGACGGGAAAGACACGGAAGCGCAUAUUUUCGAGUACACUACUCAAUUGUCGAUCACGCCGUCAUUGCAACUGGUCCGCCCGCAAAGCGGCGAUCCAUCGAAUCUCCCGCCCGUACAGAUGAUCUUCUGCCUGAAGCAGAAAAACAGCAAAAAGAUCAAUUCCCAUCGCUGGCUGUUCAACGCCUUUGGACGGAUCCUGAACCCAGAAGUAUGUAUUUUGAUCGAUGCCGGAACGAAACCAGGCCAUAAAUCGCUUCUUGCGCUCUGGGAGGGCUUCUAUAACAACAAGAACCUUGGUGGUGCAUGCGGUGAGAUUCACGCUCUGCUCGGUCCGCGCUGGAACAAGCUCGCGAAUCCGCUGGUCGCGGCGCAGAACUUUGAAUACAAAAUCUCGAAUAUCCUCGACAAACCGCUCGAGAGUUCGUUCGGAUAUGUCAGUGUCUUGCCCGGUGCGUUCUCUGCUUACCGCUACCGGGCCAUCAUGGGCCGGCCGUUGGAGCAAUACUUCCACGGUGACCACACGCUGUCGAAGAGACUGGGGAAGAAGGGUAUUGAGGGAAUGAAUAUCUUCAAGAAGAACAUGUUCUUGGCCGAGGAUCGUAUUCUGUGCUUCGAGCUUGUCGCAAAGGCAGGCCAGAAGUGGACAUUGACUUAUGUCAAAGCGUCCAAGGGAGAGACUGACGUUCCAGAGGCACCCCCCGAGUUCCUCAGUCAAAGACGACGAUGGCUCAACGGUUCGUUUGCUGCGAGUCUGUACGCGGUCAUGCACUUUUCGCGCAUCUACAGGAGUGGUCAUAAUUUGAUCCGGUUGUUCUUUUUGCAUGUGCAGUUGAUUUAUAACAUCUGCCAGCUUAUCAUGACAUGGUUUUCUUUGGCAUCGUACUGGCUCACCACCUCGGUUAUCUUGGAUAUUGUCGGGACACCGAGUCCAACGAACCACGAAAAAGGCUGGCCGUUUGGAAACGACGCCACGCCCAUCGUCAACAACGUUGUCAAGAUCCUGUACCUGGUGUUCCUCAUGCACCAAUUCUUCCUCGCCCUCGGAAACAGACCUAAGGGUGCGCAAGUACCGUACAUCCUCUCCUUCGGUUACUUCGCCGUCGUGCAGCUGUACAUCCUCGUCGACUCCUUCUACCUCGUCGCUCAGGCCUUUAGUGGCGGCAACAUCGACCUCGACUUCGACAAUGGCGCCGGCGGCUUCAUCGCCUCCUUCUUCACCUCCACCACCGGUCUUGUCCUCCUCGCCCUCGCUUCCACCUACGGAACCUACUUCAUCGGCAGCCUUCUCUACCUCGACCCCUGGCACCUCGUCACCUCCUCCUGGGCCUACUUCCUCGGCAUGCCGUCCACAAUCAACGUCCUCAACGUCUACGCCUUCUGCAACUGGCACGACGUCUCGUGGGGAACAAAGGGAUCCGACAACGCUGCAUCCUCGCUGCCCUCAGCCCAGACCAAGGGCGCCGACGGCGCAAAGGGCAACUUCGUCGAGGAACUCGACAAGCCGCAGGCCGAUAUCGACACCGAGUUCGAACAGACCGUCCGUCGCGCGCUCGCGGAGUACAAGGAGCCCCCGCCCGAUAAGAAUGUGUCGCUGGAUGACUCGUACAAGACUUUCCGUACGAACUUGAUCUUGCUCUGGACGCUGAGCAAUUCGCUGCUUGUGCUGUUGGUUACGAAUGCCGGUAUCAGGACAUUGUGUUUGACUUCUGAAUCCACAAACCGCACGGCGUGGUACUUCAAGGUCCUGCUGUUGGCCACAUCCGCCUUGUCCAUUUUCCGCUUCACGGGCGCGCUGUGGUUCCUCGGCAAGACCGGGUUGUUGUGUUGUUUCAGACGGCGCUGA